AUGAUCAAUUGUCAUUUAAAUAUUCAAGAAAGUGUAUCAAUAAUGAACAACAAUACGCUACAGUUUGAUUGUUUGUAUUAUUACUCUCGAAAGGAAGCCGUGGCUUAUCAAGGAUUAGCUGAUGUCACUGAAGAGCUGAUUCCAUAUUGCUUUCGUCCAACUGAUGGAAGCAAUAUGCCAUAUGGCAAUUUUAUCGAGACCAACGGUAAAUUAUUGUCUUUUGAGGAUCUGUAUCUCGGUAAUAUCACUGUUCAGCAACUUCUCUCAUGGUCAGCAUCCAUCGAUCUCGCUGAACGAUAUCAAUUCUAUUUGAUUGAAUUAAAUAGUUCGUUAAAUGAGCAUUUUUAUAAUUGUACUCGACCAUGGUUUGGUUCUCGAUGUCAAUAUUCAUUCGAUCCUAGCGAGAAUACAUUCGUUGCCCAAAUAGUUGAAAGUCAAUUUAGUAGAAGAUUGGGCUAUCCAGAGACGUCUGAUACGGUGGCACAGUUACCAUGUUACAUUCAUCUUCAUUGUGACCGUGGUGAAUCAUCUUUAUGUUUAGAUUGGCGUGAAGUAUGCAAUGAACAUGUAGAUUGUCUCGGUGGUGAAGAUGAGGCUGAAUGUUAUAAGAUGGAAUUAAAUGAAUGUGAAGAGAAUCAAUUUCGAUGUCAUAAUGGUUUAUGUAUUCCAGAUGUCUUAUGGGGAAAUGGUUUGGAUGAUACGGAUUGUCUCGAUCGAUCAGAUGAAAUAUUUAAAAGUGACAUUAAUUCUUGUUUUAAAGAUCCAUCUUUUCGAUGUGAAGAACAUAUGUGUCGACCAAAUUGGCGUCAGUUUGCUUGUGGAGAUGGACAAUGUGUAGGGAAGUUCGACAGUUGUAAAAAUGGCCGUCAUACUUCCUUAAUAGAAUCGACAUUUGCAAAAGGAAAUUUAUCAGAAAAAUGUUGGAUUGCUCUCAAUUGUCUUACUACACUCGUUCAUCAAAUCAACAAUAUUUCAUGUGAAAUUUUACGUUUGAAUAAUUCAUUAUUAGAAUUUCUUGAUGAUUGUACAGAAAUAUUUCAAUUCCCAAUUAACUCGAUUCAUUUUGGUCAUAUUCGUUUUGUCUACAUACGUUCUCGAUUGGAACAAAAUAUUAAUACAGAUAUGGUACCUGAUUACAUUUGUUAUGAUGAACAAUUGUGUGAUUUUCUUGAACCUACAUCUUCGUAUGAAAAUCUAACUUGUUUACAUAGUGAUGAUCUUCCAGAAAAAGAUAUACAUAUUACUAAUCCUUGGACUAAUAUAAUCAUCUGGAUCGAUGAAUUUUUUCGAUUUUGUUCCAUUACAUAUCAUACAGCUGAUAAUAAUAAUCAUUCAUCUCUAUAUUCCUGUCAAAGCUCGUCAAAAAGAAUUUCUAAGCAUCGUAUCCUCGAUCAGAUUUAUGACUGUUAUUUGCGUGACGAUGAAAAUUCUGCCAUGAGUUGCAUGUUAGGUGACAAAUAUCGAAUUGAUUGUCUUGAUGGAGAGAAUUGUCUGUCGCCUUUACUUAGUAUAGAUCAUUGUCCAGAAAGUUUGAGUGAAGAUCAGGAAACAUUUCCAUUCGAGGCAAUUUGCAAUAAAGCACCGUUGAAGAUUUAUGCCGAUAAUAAAGUUUAUAUAGACGAAGCCUACUGCUCAGAUUGGCCCUGUGAUAAUAUAUAUUCAAGAUGUGACAACGUUCGAACAUGUUUUGAUGGCCGAGAUGAACUCAAUUGUGAUCAACGAUGGUGUUCAUCAGACACUUUUGCUUGCAUCUCUCCCAUCAAUUAUACAUUGCUCUGUCUGUCGGUUACACGUAUAAAUGAUAACGUCAUAGAUUGUUUUGGAUCAUCAGACGAACCGAUGUUUUGUCUAAAAAGAUAUCCAUCCAGUAUGGAUUCAGUGCGUUUUCUCUGUUCCAAUAGCAACACAUGUUUACCAUUGUCAAAACUAUGUGAUGGUACAACAGAUUGUGAGCCUUCGAAAGAUGAUGAAAAAUUCUGUACUGGACAUCGAAUAAUCUGUGAUGAAAAAUUAAUUGGUAAUAUAAGCAUUGUUGAAGAUUUACUUUGUCAUGCAAAUGAAAAAAGUAGAAGGCGUUUUUUCUCCGUGGAUACUUCAAUCAACUAUCCUUCGUUGGAAAGUAGUGUUCAAGAUAAAUUCGAUGAUUCACCAAACGAAUCUUAUGUUACUCUAGAUAAUACUCAAUCAUGGGGCGACAAUUAUCCGUGGCCAUGGGUUUGUAAUCGUGGACUGUUCGUUCGUGUUGCAUUCAACAACGGUACCAUUGAGAAUCGAUGUUUAUGUCCACCGAGUUAUUAUGGUGAUUUAUGUCAAUAUCAAAACCAACGAGUCAGUAUAACUUUGCGAUCAACGGCAAUGAACAGAUAUGCGUCAUAUGCUCUUGUGUUAAUGUUAAUCGAUGACGAUGAUGAAGAAGAGCAGAUUGAAUCAUAUGAUCAAUCUGUAUAUAUUGCCAAACAUAGUUGCAGUCUCAAAGUCAAUCGAUAUUUGUUAUACUCGACACGACCUAAAAAUACAUUAAAGAACUAUAGUGUGCGUCUUCAUGUAUUCGAAAAGACUAAAAUGAUCUAUAUUGGAAGUUGGCAUUUUACCAUUAAUUUUCUGUUUUUACCCGUCAAUCGAUUAGUUGCUUCUGUAUCUAUACCGGAUAUUAAAGGUCCGAUCUCUGGCAAUUGCGAAAAAGAUUGUAAAAAUGGAAAAUGCGUUCAAUAUUUGAAUAAGAAGAGAUCGUUUUGUUGGUGUUCUCAAGGUUGGUCUGGUAAAUAUUGUCAUAUUCGAAUUAAUUGUGAAAGUUGUUCGAAAGAUUCGAUAUGUAUAGGAACAUCGAAUAACCGUGCUAUUUGUGUUUGCCCAUUAACUAAAUUCGGUCCGAGGUGUUUUUUAAAGGUGUCAUGUCCGUUGGAUGCUUGUCUCAAUGGUGGUCAAUGUGUUUCAGAUGUUAGUUCAACAAGAAGUAAUUAUCGUUGUCUUUGCUCCGAACAAUUCUUUGGAUUGCGAUGUGAACAUAUGCGAAGUAGACUCGAUGUGUCAUUGAAUAAGAUUGAUAGUCCACCAUAUAUUGUCGCUUAUUUUAUCAGCACAUCGAACAAAUCAAAUCCAACGACGAGUAUUAUACUUGAAAAGGUGACUCUAUUUCAACGCAUUAUUACUUUUCAUAUGUCAGUUCCAUAUAACUUGGUUGUUGUUAAAGUCAAAGAAAAAUUCUACCUUGUCGUAAUUCAACAAUCACCUCAAAAGAAGAUUUCUACGAUAAUUCAUCCGAAUCGGGAAUGUUUUCCCAUCGAAUCAUUAUUUAAUCCAGAUAUGAUGGCAAUGAGUCAUUCUCGACGUUUAAGAUUCUACCAUAAUUUAUGUCAAAAUAAUUCUAAUCUGCAAUGUUUCAUCGAUGAAAGAUAUCUAUGCUUGUGUACUCGUGAACGUCACGCUAAUUGUAUGGACUUUGAUCGUCAUAAAAAUCUAGCAUGUGUAGAGAAAAUCGAAUGUGAGAAUGGAAUCGAAUGUUUGGAAGAUCAUCCGUCCUGUCCAUCGACAAGAAUUUGUGUUUGUCAAGAUUGUUUUUUUGGCGAUCGAUGCCAAUUUUAUGCUAAAGGCUUUGGCAUAACGUUAGACGAAAUUCUAGGCUAUGAAAUUGAACGCAAUAUCAAUAUAUUGUCACAACCUUUAUCGGUACAAGUGAGUGGUAUAAUUACAAUGAUAAUGUUUGUCGUGGGUGUCGUCAACGCUAUUUUAGCCAUAUUCGUAUUUAUCGAUAAAAAAGCGCGAGAAGUGGGUUGUGGAUAUUAUCUUCUUGCUUCGUCAGUCACGUCACUUAUCAUCGUUAUAUUAUUCACAAUUAAAUUCUGGAUUCUUUUUUUCUCUCAGAUAGAUCAAUCUAAUCAUCGAUCUUUAGCAAUUACCAGUGGAUUCGCUAUCGAAAUUCCUCUAAAAAUCUUCUUAUAUAUGGACAAUUGGCUCAGUGCUUGUGUAGCCAUUGAACGAGUUUAUACUGUCGUUAAGAGAAUGAGUUUUAAUAAAAAGAAGAGUAAAAAAGUAGCCAAAUAUGUCAUCUGCUGUUUACCUAUUAUUAUUAUUGUGCUAAUGAUUCCUCAACUACUGAAUUUAGUUGAAUUUGACGAUGAAAAAGAGGAUCGAACAUGGUGUCUCAUGCGUUAUAGAGUAUGGCUUCAGAUCUAUAAUUUAACAUUAAUUUCUUUUCACUUUUGCGUUCCAUUAUUGAUUAAUUUACUAUCAUCAGUAUUUAUUAUUAUCACUACAGCUCGUCAACGAUCAACAACACUUACCAAUAACCAAUGUUUUCAACAUCUUUUUAACAAAUUAAAACAGUAUAAGCAUCUUCUGCUCAGCCCUCUUAUGUUGGUCGCUUUAUCAUCACUUCAUGUUGGCAUCACUUUCUCCAUGGAUUGUAAGAAAUCAUCAUAUCGAUUUCGACUUCAUCUAAUUGGUUAUUUUCUUUCAUUUAUACCAUCAACAUUGGUUUUUAUCAUUUUUAUUCUCCCAUCAAGAACCUAUAGAAAAACAUUUAAAGAUGCUGUUAUUCGUUUUCGUCGGCGUUUUUCAUUCUAUCGACCAACGGUGGAAAAGCUAGUUGCAAUCAAAGCAGCCAUUGAAAACAAGUGA